AAAAGAACAUCGAACUAUUUCUAUAUUUGGAAGCCUAGGAAAGGCAACUCUAAUCAUUCUCCUUUACAAAUUUCCCACUCAAAAAUUCAAUCUUUAAUUUUCAAAUUUCAACCCUCAAUCUUCAAUCUUUAUUACGUGAAUGCAUCGUGAAAUCAUGGUAGAUGCUAUUUUUUGAUAAAAAUUACAUUAAUAAUGACAACUUCAUCAUUCAAAUCCACUUCCAGAAAACCUAUUUCUUCAUCUUCAACCCCAGCAACUAAUAAACAACCAAGAAAUCAACAGAAUUCUACCCAGCAAGUUCCUCUUCGAAGAUCGAGAAGUAUGAGUGCAUAUUCGAGGACCCAUUUGGAUAUAACCACAGAAUUUCACAAUAAAAUAGACAAUCCUCUUUUUUGGGAUGAUGAAUCAUCACAUUUCGAGGAAAAUAAUGAUGGAUUUGUUAAAUUAUCUAAAUUUGAGAUCUUGAAAUCUGGUGGGUCUUAUAAUGUAAAGGGUUUUGGUGAUGAAUUUGGGGAGACUAGAAGGGGAAGGUCUGUUUCAAGAAAUUCUAAUGAUAAUGGUGGAGGAAGGACGGAUUUUGGUCGGAGCUUGUCUAGGGUUAGUACUCAUCGUCGGAGGCGGUCGCUGUCUCGAGGACAUUAUGGAAAUUUUGAGAGUGAAAAGAAUCGGGAAAAUGAUUUGUUAAACUAUAGAAGCAUUAGUAACAUCAGUUCAAAUACAAAGCAAACUUUGCUUGAACGAAAAAGCAAACCGGUUAGAAAUGCAUCUGAUUUGUCUGAAAUUUUGAAAGGCUCAAAGACGUGGUCAAGUCAGAAUCCGGCCUUUGAGAGUUCCGAUAUUUCUUCCAUCAAGCUGUCUAGUUCACCAAUUUCUCAUUGGGAUGAUGGAGAAUCAUCUAGCUCCAUCUCGGAAGCUGAAGAAAGAAUUAUCAAGCCAGUUUUAGUGGAAAAGAUAUACCCCUUGAAAAAUACUAAUGGUUCAACAAAUGGGAUUCUCGAAUCUGUCCGUUGCGAAGUUAGACAGGCUAUCUCUGAGAUGCAAAAUGACUUCAAAAUUGCCAGGCUAAGGAGUGGUUCAGAUGUUACCCAUGGCAUUAUUGUUUCUGAUUUUGCUCCUGAACCGGAAGAUACGAAUACAGUUGGAUUAGUAAAGGAUAUCAGAGAUGAAUUUUCCAGGGAGCUAGUAGAGUGUGAAGAACGCACCAGAAAACUUCGAGCUGAAUUAGCUGUUGAAGAGCAUCGUGAAAUUGAAUUGAAUAAAAUUCUCAAUGACAUUGUACCAGAGCCGAAAACUCCUCAUGUGGAAAAACCUCGUGCAAUAAGAAAGGCUAGUUUUGAAAGGAAGAACAUGUCAAGGCGUCUUGAACAAGAAGCAUUGGCUUAUUUUGAUGAAUGUGUUUCAAUAUCGACAUUCGAGGAUUCGGACUUCUCAUCUCUAGAGGAUCUAACGUCUACUAACAUGCUUAGCAUCGAUUGCCUAGAUGUUGAAAGACCGAGUUCAGGUUUUUCUGGAGUUCCAAACAGAGCCGUUGAUUCCUGCUUCUUUGAUACUCAGACCGAUACAGUCACAAGAUGUAAAGAGGGUCAUACUCAUAAUAUAUCAGCUAAUCACAGUAGUUGUAACAGUUCAGAGAUUAUGGGUUUGGGUUCCAAGUCGUCUGAUGGCACGUCACUGAAAGACGACAUAAGAAACUAUGUGAAAAAGUUCACCAAGGACAGCGUAAGAGAAAGAAAUGACUCGGGUCAUCGAAAAACUCGAGAUUACAGUUCUGAAGUAUCAUCUGUGGAGAAACUUUUGCUGGACAGAGUAACCUAUAGGAGCAGAAUUGAGUCUGGUAGCAUGUUAUUAUGUGGUGGGGGGAGUGUUGGCCUUUCCUUGCCUCCCUUUUGUUCUGCUUUAUGGUAAUUGGUUAAUAGUUAUUUCCUACUAAUAUGCAAGCGUCUUUCUCGAACCGAGGGAUUGUUUGGCCGCAUUCUUUUUUAAGGGUAUGCGUUGCUGCCUUCCUUCCCUCCCCAUACCUUGUUCAUAGUUUCUAUAAGCGGGUCCUACUAAUAUGCAAAUAUCUACUUUUUUUGAAAAUAUUUUGUUCAUAUGAUUUUGCAAUCAAAUCUUAAUAUGAUGUACACAGCACAAUGUAAGCCUUUUGAAAUGAAAAUGAAAAAUCUUUCAUAUGAUAUACAAAAUUUGUCAAAUGAAUCGGUCUUACGGUGAGACAAUCUUUAUUGAGUUGAUCCAACAUACUUUAUUAUUUCACUUUUAACUUUUAAGUGAAUACUAAUAGUUUUAAAAGUGAUUAUUUUUAUAUUUAAAAUGAUAAUUUGUAACUUUAAAGUAAUUAACUAUAAUAAUAUUAAAGUGAUUGAACUAAUUAUAUAAAUUAAUUUCAUAUAAAAUGAGUUGGAUGUAUAAUCAAAAUGGACCUGAAAGUGAGCCAUAAGAGUGCACCAAAAUGGGCAAAAGGAAAGACAAUUGGAUUUUCUCAUUUUUGCAUGACCUGGAUAUUUGUGUCUGUGAUUUUGUGAGAAAUCGAAAUUUAGUAAGAGUAUCUUAGAAUAAAGAGUUUGAAUUUUUAUAAUUUGUGUAUUAAACUAUUUAACGCAUCUUUUAAUAGUUAGAUGCUUUAAAAUACUCGCUACAUUGUAA